AUGAGUCAAGAUCUGACUGUUGAUUUAGAUUUUAUCGCUAACAACAUUCAAACAUAUAUCGAACAAGACAAUUUCUAUGAUAUUGUAGAUAAAGAUGACAUUCCAAAAGUAUUAGAAAAAGCCAAUCUUAAAUCAAACGAUUUAACUACUCUUCUUUCUCAAGGCAAAUCAAAGUAUAGCAUAUCUGAACUAUUUUGUUUUAUUCAGAAAUGCAAUGUUUUCAUUGAUUCAUUCGAAGACGCGAUUGGCGUUCUUAAUUUCUACAAAAAGAGCCUGAAACUCGAAUCUUCUCGUUCAUUAAUUGAUUAUAUUAAGAAAUACAACGCAAAAAUUAAUUCAGAUUCAGAAGAAGUCACACAAUUAAAAUCUGAAAUUCAAACUCUCAAAUCAAAGAUCGCUACGAUGGAAAAUGAAAUCAACCAAUAUAAAAACGCAGAAAAACAAUACAAAGACGAAAUAUCUAAUCUUAAUAACAAAAUUAAUCGAAUUCAAACAGAAAAUACAAGAUACAAAGACGAAAUAUCUUCUCUCAAUAACAAAAACAGUCAAUCAAAUCAAUCUAUCAAUGAAUUUGCAAAAAUUUCUGAAUUGCGAAAUUCAAAUGAUUUUGAUUCAGUUUACAAUUUCCUUAAAGAACUUUCAGAUAAAGAUGAUAAAUCGAGAAUGUCUAUUUCAUGUGCAGAUGGAUUAAGUGAAAAGAGAGAUUCUGAUCAAAAUACUCCACUUAUUAUGGCAUGUACUAAUGGAAAUCUUCAAUUAACAAAAUCUCUUAUUGAAGGAGGUUGUGAUAGAAAUGCAGUUAAUAAAUUCGGAAACAAUUGUUUAAUUGAAGCAUCAUUAAAAGGACGUCUUGAAAUUGUAAAAUAUUUAAUUGGAGUUGGUUUUGAUAAAAACUGGCGAAAUGAAACAAAUGGAUUUAAUCCAAUUCUUUGUGCAUCACAAGAAGGUCGUCUUGAAACAGUUAAAUAUUUGACAAGUAUUGGUUGUGACGUAAACUCUAAAAAUAAUAAUAAUGCAAAUUGUAUUUACAUUGCAUCACAAAAUGGCCAUCUUGAAACAGUUAAAUAUCUUGUUUCAGUUGGAGGAAAUCCGGAGAAAAAUAAUAAUGGUUGGUCUCCAUUAAUUGUUGCAUCAUCAAAUGGUCAUCUUGAAGUAGUUAAAUAUUUGAUUCAAAUAGGAUGUAAUAAAAAUGAUAAAACAAAUUAUAAUAGUUCAUCACUUCAUUGGGCAUCAAAGGAAGGUCAUUUUGAAGUUGUUGAAUAUUUAUUUUCAAUUCGUGUCGAUCUUAAUGACAAAGACAAUGGAGGGAAAACUGCACUUGAUUAUGCGAAAGAGAAACAAAAUGAGAAUGAAAACUAUAAGAAGAUUAUGGAUCUUCUUCUUAGAUCAGGUACAAAAUAA